CUCAACUCAUCCUGUAAUGACAUUAUGAUAAUAAUUUGUGUUCUUUGUUCGUUAGUAUGCAUUUGUUGGUUGGCAUAACAGACAAAUUACGUAUAAAUAAAUCGAAAUAAUGUCAUCGAAUAAAGUACUAAUUGUGUUAUCCAUUGCUAUAUUUGCCACCGGUGUACAGCAUACACAAUGCACCAAUGUCAGUACAGCAAUGUACCAACGCGAGCAUUCAUCGAAUGCAACAAACAUAAGCAAUCAGGCGUACAUCAAUAAAUAUUUACCGGUUAUGUGGUCAUCGCUUAAAAAUGCAAAUACCGAUAAAUAUUUGCUUACAAUCCAAAAACUCAAAAUCCCAUCGAAGCAAUUGUAUGACAGAAUGAAAAUUUGCAUUUUAAAAUAUUUACAUGCCAUCGAACCAAUUGCAUUCGUGAACGCAUCGAAAUUGUCGAACAACAGUUGCGGUUAUAUGGUUUUGCGUGAGCAUGUCGGUGUACUGCAUAUGGCAUCAACAAAAGCAUUUCGUUGUUUGAAGUCAUACAAAAUAAGCACAAGCAUCACUUAUGUAGAUGCACAAACACAGGAGUUAAAUGAACAACCAAACGCCGAUACCAUGUAUUCCAAAUGCCUCGACGAAUUGGUGGACGAGGCAACGAACAAUUUCGAAUUACUUCAACAAAGACUGAAGGAAUGUUUGAAGGAAUUCACGGCACACGAUCAAAAUGCAAGCAAUUUAACAACGGCUGAUUUAAACCAAAAAACAACAACAACAACAGCUUAUAAAUAUUAGUGGAAAAAUAUUUGUCACAAUAAACGAUCCGAUAAAUAAUUUUUAUUUUAUUCUAA